CAUACAUAUAUUAUAUACCCUCACUAUUUAUAACAUAUGGUUUUAGAGAGAGAAAGUAAACCAGCACUGUCGGCUUCAACCAGGCAAAGACCAUCCACCUCCUUCUCGCUCUCUGUCCUUCCGUGGUUUACCUCUUCCUUUUCUAUUGAUUUUUUUUUUCUUUUUGGAAAAAUCAAUGAUUUAUUCAUAAUAGCCUCAUAAUAGCCUAAGAUACUGAUAAUCUGGAGCUGAAUUUGGUUUUUCAACUGAUUAGUGAGUCGCAAGUUUAGUGAAGGAGAAGCCUGUGGUCAUGAUUGGAGGAUAAAUAUGGCAACGGCGGAUUUUUUUAGGGUUUCGGUGGUGCGCAUCAAAUUCGUGGUCGAAAACGCUGCCCUGAUUUGAUAACAUUAUCCAGAACUUAAGGAUAAAAAAGAAAAGCUGUUGCAUCCUGUUGUGGAGGGUCACACCAUCUGUGUGAUUUAUUUUUUGAUAAGUUGUGGUGUAAACAAACUUUUUGCCGCAUCUGAGGCCGAAAGUGUGAGGGUUGAGGCUUAACUAAGGGUUUGCUUAUUCGGUAUAUGCGACCUUGACAAUAUCAAACAAGAGGCAUCACAAAGGUUGGUAUUGGUGUAGCAUUGAAUUUUGCGUUGUUUUUAUGAUGGCACACCUUGCUGCAAAUCAUUUUGCUGGAGGACCCCCACCCACAGGGGCCCUGAAUGAAGCAUUGUUUAAAGAACUUUGGCAUGCCUGUGCUGGGCCACUUGUCAGUGUUCCACGUGAAGAUGAACGAGUUUAUUACUUUCCACAAGGUCACAUGGAACAGCUCGAAGCAUCUACACAUCAGGGAUUGGAUCAACAACUUCCUUCGUUCAAUUUACCCAGUAAAAUCCUCUGCAAAGUGAUGAAUGUUCAACUUCGGGCUGAACCAGACACAGAUGAGGUGUAUGCUCAAAUAACGCUUCUCCCCGAACACGAUCAAAGUGAAGUCACUAGUCCUGACCCUCCUCUACCAGAGCCUGAAAAGUGCAGUGUUCAUUCAUUUUGUAAGACUCUCACUGCUUCUGAUACCAGCACCCAUGGUGGAUUCUCGGUGUUAAGAAGGCAUGCUGAUGAUUGUUUGCCCCCACUGGAUAUGUCUCAACAACCACCCUGGCAGGAGUUGGUAGCUUCUGAUCUCCAUGGGAAUGAAUGGCAUUUCCGUCACAUUUUCCGAGGUCAACCAAGGCGUCACUUAUUGACUACUGGCUGGAGUGUGUUUGUCAGUGCGAAAAAAUUGGUUGCAGGAGAUGCUUUUAUCUUCCUAAGAGGAGAAAAUGGGGAACUCCGAGUAGGGGUGCGCAGGCUUAUGAGACAACCAAACAACAUGCCAUCUUCUGUUAUAUCAAGUCACAGUAUGCAUCUUGGGGUUCUAGCAACUGCAUCACAUGCCAUCUCCACUAGAACCUUAUUUUCAGUCUUUUAUAAACCAAGGACUAGUCGAUCUGAAUUUAUAGUAAGUGUUAACAAGUAUCUUGAAGCUCAAAAUCACAAGCUCUCAGUAGGGAUGAGGUUUAAGAUGAGAUUUGAAGGUGAAGAGGUACCUGAAAGAAGGUUCAGUGGAACUAUUGUUGGUGUUGGAAAUAAUAAUGCUUCAUCUCGAUGGCCUGAUUCCGAGUGGAGAUCUCUGAAGGUCCAAUGGGACGAACCUUCUGCAAUAGUACGUCCAGAGAGAGUUUCAGCAUGGGAAAUAGAACCCCUAGUUGCAGCAACUCCUCCAAACUCACAGACUCAACAAAGAAAUAAGCGGUCACGACCACCUGUUUUGCCUUCACCAAUGCAAGAUCCAUCUCCACUUUGUAUGUGGAAGUCACCAGCUGAUUCCCCCUCAGCAUUUGCCUGCCGCGAUCCAUCACGUGGUCGAGACACUUAUCAAUCACCUAAGAUCAGUGACGGAACCAGAAUUAGCGGGAUCAAUUUUAAUGAGAACUUGCUACCUGUGUCGAGCAACUCUGUAUACCAGCCUAAUCAAAUAGAAACUCCUGCAGAGUCAUUUACUCCCCUUAGUGAAAAAAGGCAGGCAAAUGGCUGCAGGUUGUUUGGAAUCGAGUUGCUUGACCAUUCUUCUAUUGAAGAUACAUCACCAGCCAUUCAGUCUGGAACAGCUAUUGAGGAUUCUUCUGUUCCUCUAGAUGCUGAAUAUGAACAACAUUCUGAGCCAUCAGACCGUAAUCCAUCUGAUGUUCCCUCAGUCAGUUGUGAUCCUGAUAAGUCAUGCCUUAGAUCCCCUCAUGAUGCACACAGCAGGCAACUCCGCAGCUGCACAAAGGUUCACAUGCAAGGAAUUGCUGUUGGCAGAGCAGUAGACCUGACCAGGUUUGAUUGCUAUGAGGAUCUGCUCAAAAAAUUGGAAGAGAUGUUUGAAAUUACAGGGGAACUCUCUGAGUCAACAAAGAAAUGGCAAGUUGUCUACACAGAUGAUGAGGAUGACAUGAUGAUGGUUGGAGAUGAUCCAUGGCAUGAAUUUUGCACCAUGGUGAAGAAGAUAUAUAUCUACUCAACCGAGGAAGCAAAGAGGCUGUCGCCCAAGAUAAAGCUUCCCAUGGCAGAGGUCAAAUCUGGGAAGGUCCUGUCUGAUGCAGCUGUUGGCACUGAAGAACAGUCUUCAACCGUUGGAUCUGGUUACUGACGGAGUUUUGCUAGCAAUAAGGUUGAAAGUGCUCCGGAUAAUGGAGAUGAAACCAACAGUUGACCAGCAAUUUUGUUCCAUGCCGGUGAGGCAAAAGUGGUGGUUUUUCGUUCACGUAAUAAUAAUUUUCUCCGGGAGAGUGGUGAUAAGAAUCCGUUAUAGUAUUGUUUGUUUUUGUCAGGAGAAUCUCAUGAUGUUUUGAUUGUUUGGAUCUGAGUUAGGUCUCUGUGUGUACAACAAGUUGUUUAUGUAUAUAUGAUACCUCUUUGUUUCCCCUUGAAA